AUGGUCGAGGACAUCGACACUUUCCUCAAUUUUCCAUGGGAAAAGGUGUCAUUUAGAGCAACCAUAAAUGGUUUGAACAAGGACCUUGAUCGCUAUAGGUUGCUAUAUCUUGAGAAGAAGAAAGCCAUGGGGAAGAAGAACAAAGAAAAGGAUGUCGAUGUUUCUUAUAUCGUAUAUGGAAAGCCGAAAUUUGGAGAUAUUGAAGAAGAUGUAGUUCCUCAUAAACCUGAAAUGAGGAAGAAAAGACAAAUUACUCUUACCAAAGCCAAACCUUUCAUGAGUAGAAGAACCCGCAACCCUACCCCCAACACCAGCAACUCUGAUUCUGUCGAGAGCGCCACGAGUAGAAAAGAUGAUGAAUCCUCUCCCAUGACUCCAACAACAAAAACUCCCCAUGAAAGAUGUAGAUUGGAUGAACUUACGAAGGAGCUAAAUGAACUCAAAACUGAAUUUGACAUAUUAUCAGCCACACUAGGGGAGGAACAGAGAAGGAAAAAAUUUAAUGAGGAAGAUUUAACAGAGAAAAAGAAGGUGAAUGAGGAAGACAAGGAUGAGGAAGAUUUUAAGGUGAAUGAGAAAAUUUUGGAUAAGGCGAAUGUGUUUAUUGAGCAUAUGUUGAAUGAUGAUAAUAUUGAGGAUGGGCUUAUAGAUAAAGACAACGAUGGGCUUGUGGAGGAGAACAAUAAUGCCGGGCUAGUGGAUGUGUUGAUUGAGGAUGUGUUGAUUGAUGAUAAUAUUGAAGUAGCUGAUGGGAUUGUUGAGGAAACAAAUGUGAUUGUUAAGAAAUUCAAUGAUAGGAUUAUUGAGGAAGCAGAUGAGAUUGUUGAGGAAGCUGAUGUGCAUGAUGAGAAAUCCAAUGUAGAUGAGAAGGUGGAUGAGACGAUGGAGGGGAUUGUUGAGGAGAAGGUGGAGGAGAAGGUGGAGGAGACUGUGGAGGGGAUUGUUGAGGAGAAGGUGGAGUAUAAGGUGGAGGAGAUGGUGGAGGGGAUUGAUGGGCUAGUGGAGGAUAAGAAUAAGGUGGACGAUGAUUUCAUUGUGGAGAAGAAGGAAGAAAAUGUGCAGAAGAUGGUGGUGCAAAAGGGGAAGAAGGUGGUGCAGAAGAAGAAGGAAGAAAAGGUGCAGAAUAAGGUGGUGCAGAAGGGGAAGAAGGUGCUGCAGAAGAAGGUGGUGCAGAAGAAUAAGGUGGACGAUGAUUUCAUUGUGGAGAAGAAGGAAGAAAAGGUACAAAAUAAGGUGGUGCAGAAGGGUAAGAAGGUGGUACAGAAGAAGGUGGACGAUCAUUUCAUUCUGGAGAAUAAGGAAGACAAGGUGCAGAAGAAGGACAAGCAGAAGGUCGUGGAUGAGGAUGUGGUGGAAUUGGAAGAUGCAUCCCACAUCGAUUUUAAGAGAAAGAGGACUAGGUCGAAAGCUCUACUUAGUCCUUACACCGUCCCUCUUUGA